GUGGAGAUGAAUGCCAGGUAGGUGGCGCUGCUGUACCACUCCUGUCUACGCAGGACUACACAUGACUACGUUUAACCCGUGCGACGACAGAAGCACGGACGUGUUCAAGACACGUAUAGAGGGCGCCACUCAGAUGAAGGCCGUCCUCGGGGCGGACCCACGACCGAACUGCCUCAUCAUCGAUGAGAUAGAUGGCGCUCCACAGGCGGCGAUCAACGUGUUGCUAGGCGGCGAUCACGUGUGCUUAGGCGAUCGUGAAGCGAACAGACGCGUCGAAGAAGAGAAAGAUGGCGGCAAUCCUGCUGCGGCGAUCGUUGCAUAUGUAACGACCCUGUACGUGCCGGCGCUGCGGCAGCUGCGGCAGGUGGCGCUAGUGCUCAACUUCCCAGCGACGGCGGCGCCGCGCCUCGCCGCGCGUCUUCACGAGAUAGCGCGGAGCGAGCGCAUGCGCACCGACAUGACCGCGCUGAUGGCGCUCUGCACGAAGGGAGAGAGCGACAUCAGGUGCUGCCUGAACACCUUACAGUUCAUCCACGGCCGCCAGAGGGAGCUGUGUCUGGCCGACGUGAACAGCGCCAGCGUCGGACAGAAGGACCUUCACAAGGGCGUCUUCUCGCUGUGGGCGGACGUCUUCCAGAUGCCGCGGCCGAAACGGAGGCAGUUUGCGAGGAUAGUCGUGCCGAACGAUGCCGCGUCCGCUUCAGGCGUCGGCGACGACGGCGCCAGUCUAGGCGACCUCGGCGCCGUCGCCACGACGAUGACGGGCCGCUUCAACAACACCCUGCAGGUGGCGCUGGCGUGCGGCGACUACGAGAAGGUCGCUCAGGGGUUGUUCGAGAACUACCUGCAGGUGAAGUACAGGGAUCCGAAGCUAGAGGCGGUGCGGAAGUAUCUGACGGAGCGCGACCUCGCGAUGGAGGUGCUGCCACCUCUCCUCGAGGUCAUGCGUCCGACUCUCCGCCCCGUCAACACGCAGCUGUACAGCGUGCGCGAGAAGGCCGAGCUGCGGCACGUCGUGGCCGUCAUGAUCGCGUACAGCGUCACCUACAGGCAGGAGCGCACGGCGGACGGCGUGUACGCGUACGUCGCCGACCCGGACGUCGCAGAGGUCGCUUGCUUCCCAGGGCUCAAGCAGCGGCGGCAGCUCACGUACGCCGCGAAGCAGCUCGUCGCACGCGAGAUUGAACUGGAGAAACUCAGAAGAAGGGAACCUGGCCUCGGCCACAGACAGGAAGCCCCGACGAGAGACCCGGCGAAGAGGAAGGUCGGAGAGGAGAAGAAGGAGAAGGGGAAGCUCAGUCACCUUGCGAAACUGGAGGCCAAGCCUGUGGUGGAGGCGGAGAAGGUGGCCCGCGGAUUUCUUCGUAGACUCAUAAAACGACGAUCUUACACUGUAUUUGAUGAGAUUAAAGAUGUGCACUUCGCACCUGGUUACCACGCCAGCCGGCGUCGUGUGAAAUACUGGUUGAACAACUGA